GUGACUCCCCACGAGGAGAUCCAACAAUAAAAUCGCAGAACGGAUGCGUCAAAAGCGAGAAAAACGGUGGUUCGACCCUCACUCGAUCAGCUGGAAAAUGACGGAUUCUCGUCAAAAAUGAGCACCUGUGAAGGUCUCAAAGACCUCAAUCGAGACCUUCAGUCAGCCACGGAUCGGGGGAAUUCCUCUGCUCCGAGUCGUCAGGCGGAGGCCCCCACCGUGCCCCCGGCCCAGUCUUCGGCUUUUUCCUUUUUCUCCGCCGACAAUUGAGUGAUGGUGCUUGACAAGUCGACGGCAAUGGAUGCUCCGGAGGAGCGGCAUAAAGUGGCAGUGAGAGUGCGGCCCUACCUGCCAAAAGAGAAGGAGCACCCAGGGGACUCGCCUGUGAGAUGCCUUACCGAGAGAUGUGUGCAGGUGAGUAUGCAAGAGAGACAACUGGCUGACCGCAUGCUGGUGUGAUUGAAUGCAUGUCGUGAGCAGGUGCUGCUUCCGUCUGAUGGCAGUGUGGAGGGCCAGAUAGAGCCCGGCAUCAGGUACUGAUAAAGACAUGAAAGGUUGUCAUUGGACUGUCUUGUGUCUACUGGACAGACACAAAGACUACUUCUUCGACCAUAUAUUCAACUCUGGUACUAAGUAACACAGACCAGAGAACCACCAAAUCACAGCGUCGUUCUGUCAUUCAAUGUCGUUCUCUUCGUGUGUAUGCAGUUGACCGCAGUAACGACAAGUAUGCGGGUCAGCGUGAGGUGUACCAGACCAUGGGGCGGAUGAUGCUCAAGAGUGCGUGGCGGGGGUUCAACACGUGCCUCUUGGCUUAUGGACAAACGGGGUCAGGGAAAAGCCACUCGGUCGUGGGUACCGACACCGAUCCCGGCCUCUUGCCACGCAUCGCGACAAAGCUCUUUGAGAUUGUGGCCGAGCACGAUAGGAGACAGCAGCUGGCUCAGAAGAACCGUGGGGACAUCCGCGGUGUCGCAAGACGAAAGUCGCUAGCCCACGGCCUUCGGUCGCUGCCAAGGACAGGCAGCGACGACAGAGACUUAGGUCACUCGCCAGCUGUCACCCCUGGGUCCGUCAAGCCCUCUCCGGCACUCACUCUGUUGCAGAGACAAAAGUCAGACAAACUGCUGGACUACGCCGAGGUAAUCACAUGCACACAGCAGAGGCCAGUCGGAUUGAUGGAUGGUCCAAUCCAUGCAGGAGGACGAAGGCGCGCUCACGAUGGAGGUGCCACUCCAAGACGCUUCCAAGCCAAGGGCGGCCCUGACGGCCGAGGUGUUCAAGAGGCUCGGCCAGACAGGCAGUGUGAUGCACAGCGGGUCGAUAUCUAAGCCCACGGUGUCGGCCAAAGGAAAGAAGACCGAAAAACCAAUCGAGAAGGGCAAGGUCAUCAUUACCAUGACCUUCAUUGAGGUGCGCACGUGUGUGUAUAGAUAUGGAAGGCUCUUGGACGACUGGGGGCGUUUGUGUGUGUGUGUGUGAACAUACAACAGAUCUAUCAUGAGAAGGUGCGUGACUUGCUGGCAUUGCCAAACCAAGAUGCAGCCUGCCAGGUUCACACUCACCCCACCAUCGGCGUAUUCCUUAAUGGUGCCGUUCAGCCUGUCGUCACGUCAAUCAAUGUAUGUAGGAAAAACUCGCUUCCGCUUUCUCAUUUCCUUGUUUGCGGUGUGCGUGCAGGAUUUGAACACCUAUGUCUCCUAUGGCCUGCGGUCCCGCUCGACGGCCAACACGGGCCUCAAUGCCCACAGCUCCCGGAGCCACGCCAUAGUCACCCUCUACAUUAAUAGGGUGGGUGAAUGCGCUGGCCGUCUCCACCUGGUGGAUCUGGCUGGUGCUGAGAAUGUGUCCAACGUCCGUGGGGGGCAGGAGAGGCAGACAGAGGGAAGGUAUAUCAACAAGGGGCUCCUGCAGCUGUCGAUCGUCAUCAACCAGAUCGUGGAGAAACAGAAACAGCAGAAAAUGGCCGAGUUCGCCAUCCCGGGAAGCGAGACGAAGCAGCGUAGGAAAGAGACAGCAGCCCCAUCGGCAUUUGUAUUCGUAUCUGAAUUGUGCGUCUGUGUCUCUUUCGCAGGCCAUAUUGCCUACAGAGACUCAAAGCUGACCUACUUUCUGUCGGACUCAUUGGAAGGCAACAGCCGGACAGCGCUGCUGGCCAAUAUCAGCCCCAAUUCGAAGGACCUGCAGUACACCCUGUCCACCUUGCGCUUCGCCGAGCUCAUGUCCCGCAUCAAAGUCAAGCCGCGUAUCAACAAAACACCGCAGGCCCUGCUCGAUGACUUGCGGAAAUACAUGAACAGGUGCGUAGCCCAAGUCACCGAGCACCUUCGUACUAGUGUGUUUUUGUCAGUCUGAAGUCGGGGCUGGCGAUGAAUGAGGAUGGUCGGCUUGAGACGCUUAUGAAGGACAUACAGGAAAUACAAGACGUCGAGAAGUUUGCGGAGAUACUCAAGGUGACCCAGAGGAGCGAAGAUACACAGAGAUUCACGAAGGAGUUGACACUCAUCCGUGGUCUCUCCAGGGUCUGGCCACGGGCUACGGUGCCACCGCACAACGCGACGACACGCGGACACGGGUGGAGAUAGACAACAAGUGCCCACUGCAUUGACUGACGUGGCGUCUCUGUCUCUUUCUCUCUCACGCAGCGGCGUAUGAGUCAUCAUCUGGGUGGCGGCGGGUCGAUCAUGACGCCUUUUCUCACCAACAUAUCCGUGGAUCCCAUCCUCAACAACAAAAUCAAGCUUGUGCUCAGCCAGCCCUCACAAACUAUCGGCACCGACCUCACGUGCGAGCUCGUCCUGCAGGGCCUCGGCAUUCUGCCAGCUCACUGUCGACUCAGGCGACCCCCCGAGGAGAAGCCCCCUACCCUGCCAGAAGGGGCCAACCUCAUGCUGCCCAUCAGCACAGCACCUACGGUGGCCUUCCAGGUACAGCCGAGCGGAGAAUCCUUCUCAUCGGGUGACUCGUCCUCUGCCGUCGGUUCGCCCCAACGAUCCAUUCUGCGCGGCUCUGCGUCCUCGUCACCAGCGGCGAGAGGCUCUGCGCGCCGAGUGACCCUCGUGGAAGGGCCGUUCGGCAACCCUGUGUUGCAGCAAGAAGACGAGAGACAAGAGGAUAUGGCACCGGCAGAUGAGACUGGCAGCGCAGAGAAAGACGAGAGUGAGUCGCUGUCGGAGUCUGCGGCGUCAGCUGAUCACGAGUUCCACGGGCAUGAGAGUCAGCAGUCUGUGUCGCCCAGCGGAAUAAUGGCGUUCUCUGAUGGGCUAGCUCAGCAGGCGUUCCUGGAAGCCUGCAGCGACGCCAUGGAGGGCGGACUUGGUAUCGAAACACGACGGGAGCACCUCUCGCAACGAUUGACACUGUUGUCCUUGUAUCAUGUCGUGUAUUAGGCAGCGUGGUGGUCAACGGUCGUGUGUUGCGUGCGGGUGAGGAGCUUGAGCUCCAGCACGGCGAUUGGAUCGUCUUCGGACAGGGACAGGUCUUCCGCAUGGUCUUCCCACGUACGUAAUCCGUCGUUCACCGUCCUGCUUUAUUGACAGUGCCUGCAUCGUGAGUCUGCGUGGUGUAGUGCGCUACGUUGAGGAUCCUCAGCUGCUGGAGCAAGACAACAAAAAGGAUCAGCAGCUCUACGGCACCGUCAUGGACGAGUUGCAGAAAAUAAACGCCAAGUGCGACAAGCAGCAAACAUCACGCCUGAUUCAUCAGUGAAUCAUCACUCAUUUCGUCUGUCUCCCUCUCUCACAGGGCUGUUCGGCGGCACAGCACGUCCGACAACUGGGAGAAGACGGCUCUCAAGCUCUAUGGGGAGGAGAAGGCGGCAGAGCUCAAGCGUCAAGUCGAGGCCCUUCAGCCUCUCGUAGAGGAAGCCAACCAGCUGACGGUUGCAGUCAGAGGCACAGAGAGCUCCGAUGGCGGCCAGCAGGGAGUGGUCGACUACGAGUUUUUUAUCGGUAUUACGACCGACUCCCUCCAGCUCGACGCCGUUACACCGCAGUCAGUCGUUGUACAGCGGGACAACCUCAAUUCACUCCGCCCCGACGGUCGACAGAGGACUAUCGUCAAGCCCCUCGACGAGACGACCGGCACGCACUAUAAGGUGGCUCGGCAUACACAUUCCAUGGCUCAUCUGCGUAUGGUGCGUCUGUUCCUCUUCCAGACAGUGGGGGUGCAUCUGCCAAGGGGCUUUGAGGAUCUUGUGGAACAGUUCAGAAGCGUCCACAGGGAGGGUGGCUACGGGCCUGACCAGAGGCAGGAGGCAGAUCAUGCUGCCGCUGGCUACGAGCGGGGUGUCGAUGGAAAAGACCCGUGGCUGCCAUUGCCAAGCUCCAUGUGGAAGGGCCUUCUGGACAAUGCUAGGUGGGUGGUGAGACAUCUGAAGGAUGAAGCAUCCAUGGACAGUUCUGUGCCGCCUUUUCAGUCGUCGGCAGCAGAUGUUGGUGGAUGAGCUCAUUGAGGCGAGGCAAGCGUCCACCCACAGCAAGAAAGAGACCGAGGCCAGAAGCGAACAGCAGGCGCAGCUCCGCCUCGACAUGGCCAAAGCUCAGGUAACGAUUGACCGGCCAACUUCUCCUUUUCUCUCCUGCUCAACUGUCACCUCAGACUGAGCUAGAGCACCUUCGCAAGGCAGUGGAGGAGCAGACUGCCUCCAGCAAGAAGUUGGCUGAGGAGCGAGAUCACCUCCUGCGCGAGAACGGCCAGCUUUCUCUCUUAUGCGAGAGGCUGGAGAAGGAGAAAGACACCGACGCGACUGCCAAGCUGCAGCAGCAGCGGAUGGAUGACCAACACGCCGCUGCCAUCAAAGUAAGACAGGCAUCUGCACAAGAAAGAAGAACUAUUGUCUGGUGUUUGCAGGCUGCCGUGACGAGUGCCGAAAUCGAGUGGAAGACCAGGGCUGAGGAGGCGCAGAAACGAUAUGAGACAGAACUUGAGAAGGAGAGGGAGAUCGCAACGCUCCACAGAGAGGUACUCGUGCCUACCUGUAGGUGCCCACAGGACCCAUCGCUUUCUUUUCGUGCUGGCAGAGGGCGGAUGGUCUGCAGUCAAUGCUUGACGAGCGUAUCAAGGAUCUCACAAGGCAGCUCAACGACGCCAGGAAGAGCGCCAAGGAGCAGGAAGACUACUACCGGCAGCAGCUGACGGACCAGGGGGCCAACAGUCAGCAAACCCAACAAAGACUCAUCAAUCAGCAUGCACAAAAGGUGGAGGACCUGCUGAAUCUGCUGCACGCGGCCAAGAACGAGGCCCACAUGAAUCUGAAGGACAGAGACCAGCUGGAGAGGACUAUCCAGAAGCUGGAGCACCAGCUGCACGAGGAGGGGGAGAGAUCGCAGGAGAGGGAGGCGGCACACGUUGAAGAAGUAGAUAGACUCAAUUGCACCAUCAGAGAGCUACAGGUGAGAAGGGACAUAUACACGCAUCGUUUGUAUUGAUGUGAGUCUGUGUGUAUGUCAGGGUGAUCUAGAGGAGAAGUCGCAUCGUCUGGCUGAGUUGUCGAGAUGGGAGGCCGAGUAUGGUGCGCUUCUGGACAGCCGAGAGGCCACGCAGCAGCAGCUCGAUGAGAUCAAGCAGAAGGCCAUCAAACUACUAAGAGGGUAGGCAGACAUUGUCCACACCUACACACCACAUUUAGAGUGGGAAUGACAGAUAGAAGUGAUGAAAAGGAGGGAGACACACAUUUCCGUAGGGGUCGGGGAGCACCGGACAUGUAGAAGGCAGAAGAGUAGAGUAGUCUCGUUACAUCGUGCCCGGCUUUCUGUUCAUGUAACCACCGCUUUAUCCGCCAAUCUCCGCUGAGACAUAUGUAUGUGCAUGCAGUUCAGACACUCUUUCUUCUUCUUUUGUGCAUCCAUCCUAUCCAUGUGCCUGUCAAUAGACUCCGACUACAUGUGCCGUGCCGUCUAUACAUAGCUCUAGUAGCUUUCCUUGCCCCCACCACUGCUGGCCAACAGCCACACUUUCCAUGAUGCGAGUGAGGUCUUCAAAAGACCUAGUUCCCUUGUAUGAAUGGCCGCAUGCCCUGGUCUGUCUGCUGUGUGUGCGUCUUGGAUGCAGGAUGGUCAAGGUGCACGCGCGGAACGAGGAGCUGGCAAGGCUGGUGCGGGACUAUCGAAGGACACGAUUCAACUACAACCUAGAACUCUAUCGCAAGGUACCCUUUCCACGCAGUUCGCCGCAUUGCUUUCCCUCCGUGUCUGAUAACAGUUUGCCGAGUUUUAUCACUUUCUGCAUCGCUCCGGCUUGUUCAAAGACACAGCUCUCCACGACGCGAGCGCUGCCAAGGCCUGGGGAUGUCUGAGGAGGCUGGCGCACGGCUGGAACCCGAGACACCAGGUCAUCAAGUCGCGGCGGAACCGACAUGCACAUAUCAACGAGAGAUUCUACUUCUCAAGCCCUGCCGAGUGAGUCGAGAGAGAGACACAAUCGGACCUAUGCUGUCAAACGUCCAUGUUUGCACUUCAGUGAGGCAACCGACGAGUGGAAUAUCGCAAGUCAGCGGUUGGACAUCCCCAUCAAGAACGCCGAGUACCUCGUCUACCCCCCGCCCUUCGAGGAGCCACCAGGCAAAUCAAUGAAGCCGUCUCGAUCGUCGCCGAGCCUUCACCAGCCCAUGAUGCAGACGGAGACACCAGUGGGGCCACCGCCGCAAGGAGAAGCUGACCUUGGUGAUGACGAAGGCGAGGGAGAGGGAGAUGGCGGGGAGCCGCCCGCGGCGUGGGGUAACUGGAACGAGUGGUUUCAGGAGGUCAAGGACGAGUGGGGCGGGCUGCUGGCCCAUCAGGACGUGCACCUAGCAGAGAAGGGAGACUUGUCGGACCCUCCGCCAUGUGCAACUGCCGCAGAGGAGGCGGCAUUUCAAACGCCUGUGUUCUCGAGACCUGACACAUACCAAGGGUACGCACACACAUACGUGCAAACGACAAACCUCACAUGCCUUUGUGUGCCUUGUGUGUGAGUGUCGGCUUGCAGAUCUCGUGUGGCCCCUGUGUCCCAUCACCCCACGCACUUGCCUGACUACUCCAAUAAGGCUCCCUACAAGGCGAGGCAGGGAUGGGGCGGCGAGGCAGGGAUGCCCCCCAGCUCACAUCGCACCGGCAAAUCAUCGCCGGGCCGCUCCACACACCUGGAGCCAUCCCGGCCCACAUCUGCAGUGUCGAGACCCACCUCAGCCACCAAGAGGCAGCAACAGCAGGCGCAUAGUCGGCCGUCAUCAGCAGGGCUGACGUAUAGAUGAGAUAUGUCUGUG